ACUGCAGGAGGCUCAUGGCUGAGUGGAUGAGCUGGGAGCCAGGGGGGGGCUGUAACCUCCUCCAGGCCCUGAAAAGAGGCUGCACUCAGCUUGACUCCCUGGUCAUCAUCCUGGGCUCCAGGUGAAUCAACUUGAACAGGACAGUGAUGUAGUGGGACUGUUAAUGAAAGGACAGAAAUAACUGCAUUGAGUUGUAUUAUGUAUUAUAAAUGGACUAAUCAGAGAGCAGGGCUAGGAUGACCAUUCAGAGAGCAGGUGUAUAACAAUGUCAUUAUGAUUAUGUCAUUAUUAAGGGAUUAAUCAGAGCAGGGUUAUGACGAUCUUAUGAUGAAAGGACCAAUCAGAUAGCGGGGUUAUGAUGUCACUGUGAAGGUACCAAUCAGAGAGCAGGGUUAUGAUGAUGUCAUUUUGAAGGGACCAAUCAGAGAGCGGGGUUAUGAUGAUGUCAUUUUGAAGAGACCAAUCAGAGACCGGGGUUAUGACGAUGUCAUUAUAAAGCGACCGAUCAGAGAGCAGGGUUAUUCUUACACAUAACAAGUAGCAAGUCCUCUGUGUUUGAUGAUAGUACUUCCUCCUCUUUAACUUCUCUCCUUCCUCUCCUUCCCUCUCUCUAGCCCUGACCAGACCUCAGAUGCGCUCUUUGAUUACGUAGAGCAAAGCAUUUUGGGAAGGGCGUUGUCGAUCCAUGUGGUGUCCUAUUGUAGCAUUAGCCCUCUGACCAUUGUGAGUCAAACUGCUGGACCUUCAUGUCACCAACAAUCGUGUGUUUUUAUUAAUAGAGGGACAGAUUUACAAAAAUUUUGAAUCUGUGCAAAGUUUGGUCAACGAUUCACUGUGUCUCUACCUCAAACAGGCAACUGUAAAGAGACUAGCUGAAGUUACAUGGGGACGCCACCACAUCUUCUCAGCUUCACUGGUAACCUGUCUGUCCUGACUGUGCUAUUUGGGUUUGUGUUUUAGUGUGGUGUGGUCAAAAAUGACUUUCUCUCCUGUUUGUGUGUGUGUGUGUGUGUGUGUGUGUGUGUGUGUGUGUGUGUGUGUGUGUGUGUGGUGUGUGGAUCAGGGUGUAGUGGACAGCAGUACAGACGUGGAGCUGCUGUGGACAGAGAUCAAGGCAGCCAGAGAGCUGCUGGGACACACUGAGGCCCUAGUCAGGGACGACUGGGGGACAUGACUGUCACUGUGGUGGGACACAAUGUGAAUGGACUCUGUGUGUGCGUGUCUGUGCGUCUGUGCCUGUGUCUGUGUCUGUGUGUACAGCAUUUUUCUUGAAUAUCUUACAUAAACCUUUUAGUGAAUAUUUCCUCUUAUUGUACUCCCCCAGAUUUCCACAGAGUUGGACAGCCUAUCACUCUCUCCCUCGCUCCCUCGCUCCCCAGUCCACCCAACCACAAUGCCCCCCUGAGCAUCAAGCCCCCAGGUGUCCAGCCCACCUCCUCGGCUGAUUGGCUGAGGAACCAUGGACUGAAAGGUACAGUGAGGGAAAAAAGUAUUUGAUCCCCUGCUGAUUUUGUACGUUUGCCCACUGACAAAAAAAUGAUCAGUCUAUAAUUUUAAUGGUGGGUUUAUUUGAACAGUGAGAGACAGAAUAACAACAAAAAAAUCCAGAAAAACGCAUGUCAAAAAUGUUAUAAAUUGAUAUGCAUUUUAAUGAGGGAAAUAGGUAUUUGACCCCCUCUCAAUCAGAAGGAUUUCUGGCUCCCAGGUGUCUUUUAUACAGGUAACGAGCUGAGAUUAGGAGCACACUCUUAAAGGGAGUGCUCCUAAUCUCAGUUUGUUACCUGUAUAAAAGACACCUGUCCACAGAAGCAAUCAAUCAAUCAGAUUCCAAACUCUCCACCAUGGCCAAGACCAAAGAGCUCUCCAAGGAUGUCAGGGACAAGAUUGUAGACCUACACAAGGCUGGAAUGGGCUACAAGACCAUCGCCAAGCAGCUUGGUGAGAAGGUGACAACAGUUGGUGCGAUUAUUCACAAAUGGAAGAAACACAAAAUAACUGUCAAUCUCCCUCGGCCUGGGGCUCCAUGCAAGAUCUCACCUCGUGGAGUUGCAAUGAUCAUGAGAACGGUAAGGAAUCAGCCCAGAACUACACGGGAGGAUCUUGUCAAUGAUCUCAAGGCAGCUGGGACCAUAGUCACCAAGAAAACAAUUGGUAACACACUACGCCGUGAAGGACUGAAAUCCUGCAGCGCCGCAAGGUCCCCCUGCUCAAGAAAGCACAUAUACAGGGCUGUCUGAAGUUUGCCAAUGAACAUCUGAAUGAUUCAGAGGAGAACUGGGUGAAAGUGUUGUGGUCAGAUGAGACCAAAAUCGAGCUCUUUGGCAUCAACUCAACUCGCCAUGUUUGGAGGAGGAGGAAUGCUGCCUAUGAUCCCUCUAGUGGUGCGGGGGCUGUGCUUUGGCGGAGUGGGUGGGGUUAUAUCCUUCCUGUUUGGCCCUGUCCGGGGGUUUCUUCGGAUGGGGCCACAGUGUCUCCGGACCGCUCCUGUCUCAGCCUCCAGUAUUUAUGCUGCAGUAGUUUAUGUGUCGGGGGGCUGGGGUUAGUUGGUUAUACCUGGAGUACUUCUCCUGUCUUAUCCAGUGUCCUGUGUGAAUUUAAGUAUGCUCUCUCUAAUUCUCUCGUUCUCUCUUUCUCUCUGAGAACCUGAGCCCUAGGACCAUACGUCAGGACUACCGGGCAUGAUGACACCUUGCUGUCCCCAGUCCGCCUGGCCUUGCUGCUAUUCCAGUUUCAACUGUUCUGCCUGCGGCUACGAAACCCCUACCUGUCCCAGACCUGCUGUUUUCAACUCUAAAUGAUCGGCUAUGAAAAGCCAACUGAGAGACCUGAGCCCUAGGACCAUACGUCGGGACUACCGGCCGUGGUGACUCCUUGCUGUCCCCAGUCCGCCUGGCCUUGCUGCUAUUCCAGUUUAAACUGUUCUGCCUGCGGUUAUGGAACCCCUACCUGUCCCAGACCUGCUGUUUUAAACUCUAAUGAUCGGCUAUGAAAAGCCAACUGAGAUUUAUUCCUGAUUAUUAUUUGACCAUGCUUGUCACUUAUGAACAUUUUUGAACAUCUUGGCAUGGUUCUGUUAUAAUCUCCACCCGGCACAGCCAGAAGAGGACUGGCCACCCCUCAUAGCCUGGUUCCUCUCUAGGUUUCUUCCUAGGUUUUGCCUUUCUAGGGAGUUUUUCCUAGCCACCGUGCUUCUACACCUGCAUUACUAGCUGUUUGGGGUUUUAGGCUGGGUUUCUGUACAGCACUUCGAGAUAUUAGCUGAUGUAAGAAGGGCUAUAUAAAAUAAAAUUGAUUGAUUGAUUGAACACCAUCCCCACCGUAAAACAUGGAGGUGUAAACAUUAUGCUUUGGGGGUGUUUUUCUGCUAAGGGGACAGGACAACUUCACCGCAUCAAAGGGACGAUGGACGGGGCCAUGUACCGUCAAAUCUUGGGUGAGAACCUCCUUCCCUCAGCCAGGGCAUUGAAAAUGGGUUGUGGAUGGGUAUUCUAUCAUGACAAUGUCCCAAAACACACGGCCAAGGCAACAAAGGAGUGGCUCAAGAAGAAGCACAUUAAGGUCCUGGAGUGGCCUAGCCAGUCUCCAGACCUUAAUCCCAUAGAAAAUCUGUGGAGGGAGCUGAAGGUUUGAGUUGCCAGUGUUGAUUCCAAAAGCCAUUGGCCAUGACAAGAAUAGAUUCAGAUUGAAACUGGAAUGAAGCCUCUGUCCUAAACUCUGAUGUCUGAUGUACUAUCUAAUCCUGUCUGCCUGUAGCUAAGAGACUGGGGCUGUACCAGGUUCUGUCUAUCUAAUCCUGUCUGCCUGUAGCUAAGAGACUGGGGCUGUACCAGGUUCUGUCUAUCUAAUCCUCUCUCUCUGCCUGUAGCUAAGAGACUGGGGCUGUACCAGGUUCUGUCUAUCUAAUCCUCUCUGCCUGUAGCUAAGAGACUGGGGCUGUACCAGGUUCUGUCUAUCUAAUCCUCUCUCUCUCUGCCUGUAGCUAAGAGACUGGGGCUGUACCAGGUUCUGUCUAUCUAAUCCUCUCUCUCUCUGCCUGUAGCUAAGAGACUGGGGCUGUACCAGGUUCUGUCUAUCUAAUCCUCUCUCUCUCUGCCUGUAGCUAAGAGACUGGGGCUGUACCAGGUUCUGUCUAUCUAAUCCUCUCUCUCUCUGCCUGUAGCUAAGAGACUGGGGCUGUACCAGGUUCUGUCUAUCUAAUCCUCUCUCUCUCUGCCUGUAGCUAAGAGACUGGGGCUGUACCAGGUUCUGUCUAUCUAAUCCUCCCUGCCGAGUAAAGACUGGGCUUGUCCAGGUUCUGUCUCCCAAUGCCUAUUCUCUACUGGAGGGGUUUGUACCUAUCCUGAACAAGACUGUCAGCUCAACAGUCCAUGAGGUACCACUGUCUGUCUCUUCUUUCUUCUUUCUCUCCUUGUAAUGGCCUAACAGUCGAUGGUUCAUGAGGUACCACUGUCUGGCUCUUUUUAUCUUCUGCACACACAGUCCUUUCUCUCAUUUUCUUCUGUCUCAUCUUUUUGUGGCCAGGUCACAGUACAUGAUGUACCACUCUUUCAAUCCCUCUAUCCCUUUCUUUCUUUCUUUCUUUCUUUCUUUCUUUCUUUCUUUCUUUCUUUCUUUCUUUCUUUCUUUCUUUCUUCUUUCUUUCUUUCUUUCUUUCUUUCUUUCUUUCUGUCUUUCUUUCUUUCUUUCUUUCUUUCUUUCUUUCUUUCUUUCUUUCUUUCUUUCUUUCUGUCUGUCUGUCUGUCUGUCUGUCUGUCUGUCUGUCUGUCUGUCUGUCUGUCUGUCUGUCUGUCUGUCUGUCUUUCUUUCUUUCUUUCUUUCUUUCUUUCUUUCUUUCUUUCUUUCUUUCUUUCUUUCUUUCUUUCUUUCUUUCUUUCUUUCUCUCCCUCUUUCCUUUUCUCUCUUAUCUCCCUGUCUUUUGAUGUUCCAGUCAAUCUUAAUGUGGUCCUUGAACAAACCUCUUUAGGUGGUGCAGGGGAGUGGGAACCCAAUGCUUAUUUGACUGGGCGUAAUUAACUUAUAUCAGUUAAUCAAUGCUGCUUUAUCAAUUACUCUUCCUAGCUCAGUGAUCUUUCAUUCUGUCUGGGCAGCGGAAGACUUGGAGGUAAAGCAUUUAGAGUAAUUGCGUCGGUCACUCUUGGUUAUCAGUAAGCUUUGUAUUUACAACUGUUCUGUCCUUUUUCAUUAAUUUUAUCUCAGGGUGGGAGGGGUUAUCUCAAGGUGGGAGGGGUUAUCUCAAGGUGGGAGGAUGGGAGAUGGGUUGAUAUGUCUUAGCCUGGUCAAACAGGCUGAUCACUGCACUCACGUUUCGUUACAAGUGAAACAGCAUGUCAGAUCAGACUGUUUCCACCAGGCUAGAUAUGUCUCUAGUCUCUUGUACCUUUCUAGCUGUGAAAUAAAAAAUAUUUGGUCACAAAAUAUUAUGUUUAUGAAUGUAUUUGUCCUGUACUUCCUCCCUCCAUGUUGGAUCCCACCCAGAAGGCCAUGGUGCAGUUUGAGUGGCAUGAUGGAACGGUGAAGAACGUCCAUGUGGACCUGCCCUUAAUCUACCACUACCAGGUGGGUUCACCAGUCAGGAUGUGAUGUCAGAAGCACAUGACGUCUUGUCUGUCUUUUGAUUUGAUUAUUAGUAUUAGUCUAACCCUCCUUUCUCCUCUCCUCAACCAGUUCUCUUCUUACUAGACUAGGUGUGUUGAUAGUGAUGAUGUUCUCGCUCACCUUUCACCUGUAUCUGUCUCACCCAUCACCCCUUCCAACCUCUCUUUCUAUCUUCCAUCCCUGUCUCUCUCACCCAUCUCUCCAUCCCUCUCUUUGUCACCUACAGAAGCAGCUGCUGUCUGCUGUGGCUGUGUUGGAGAGGAGGGUGCAGUGGCUGAGCAGUGGGAGCAGACAGAUCUGGGGGACAGUGUGUGAACAGAGGUAC